UGAUUGUGGUUUAUAUAUAAGUUGGCAAUACUAGCACGUCGACGAGACGAAUCAUGAAAGUGAAAGUUUAUUUAUUUUAUUUUCAGUUUAUUAUCGCUACCUAACUCGAUGGCUCGUCGUAUACAGUGGAUAAUAGUAGCUUAGUUUAUCAAUUUUAUAAAAUGGAACACGAUGAAAGAAACGGAGUUCUCAAGAAACGUACCAAUAAAAUUAUAAAUGAAACAGUGGAAGAAAAAGUUGAUAAAAAAAUCGAAAUGAAAAGUUCGGGCAAAUCUAAUUCAAAAAUUAUCGCACUUAUUUUCGUGUCAUUACUACUGGAUCUGCUAGCUUUCACGAUGAUUUUACCGCUGUUACCUUCGUUACUCGACUAUUAUAACAGAGAAGAAGGCCAUGGAAACAGUUUAUACGCGUCCUUGUUGAAAGCAGUUCAAGGGUUUCAGAAGCUAACUGGGGUUCCCGACCGGUUUGCGUCAGUACUCUUUGGAGGGGCCUUGGGUUCUAUGUAUAGUUUUCUACAGUUUUUAACAAGCCCUAUUGUUGGCAGCCUUUCUGAUGCAUAUGGCAGAAAACCCAUGCUACUUAUAUGUUUGAGUGGAAUAACAAUAUCUCACGGAUUAUGGUGCAGUGCAAGCACGUUCAGUCUGUUUGUUUUGGCUCGAUUCAUUGGCGGUUUAAGCAAAGCCAAUGUCAGCCUCAGUAUGGCGGUAGUUGCAGAUGCCUCCGAUGAAAAGACGAGGGCUCGAGGCAUGGCGCUUAUAGGGCUGGCAUUUUCUAUAGCAUUUAUUAUAGGACCAUUAGCCGGGGCUUGGAUCGCUAAAACCAGCGACCUCUCCGCGGGUCUGUGGGGAGAACGACCCGCGUUCUACGCAGUGUGCCUUUCCCUUCUUAACAUAGCGCUGGUAUUACUUUUUAUACCAGAAACAUUGCCUAAGGAUAAAAGGGCACCACUCUCGUUUAGUUUGAUGAAGACUGUGGAUUUUGUAUCGCCAUUGCACUUGUUGAAAUUUACCGCCGUCGAUAAUCUAUCGCCACGGCAGGGCAGAGUAUUAUCGAAACUUGGACUGACUUAUUUCCUGUAUUUAUUCAUAUAUUCCGGACUCGAAUUCACGAUCACCUUCUUAACGCAUCAUACUUUUGAAUACACUGCCAUGCAGCAAGGGAAGAUGUUCUUAGUCAUAGGGUUGAUAAUGGCGGUGCUGCAAGGAGGCGCGGCACGUCGGCUGGGCGCACGCGGCGCGGAGGUGGCGGCGCGCGGGUCGCUGGCGCUGACGCCGCUGUCGUUCCUGUGCAUCGCGGGCGCCGCGCUGACGAGCCCGCCGCUGCUCUCGCCCUGGGCCUGGCUCUGGACUGGACUCGUUCUGUAUGCUCUAUCGACUGCGUUCGCGGUGUCGUGCAUGACGUCGAUGGCGGCGGGGCAGGCGCCGCCGGGCGCGCGCGGCGCCGUGCUCGGCACGCUGCGCUCGCUCGGGGCGCUCGCGCGCGCCGCCGGCCCGCUGCUCGCCUCCGCCGUUUACUGGUGCUUCGGAGCAGCUACCACCUACACCGUAGGAUCACUAAUCGUAAUAAUUCCAUCUGUGAUGUUAUUCAGACUGAAGACGUGACCUUAAGAAGCAUUGUGCCCAGUCAUUAUUUACAAGCAAUAAUAAUGUAAUGAUUUAUACAAUAAUUCAAUAAUUUAUUAAUAUAUU